CCUACGGAAGGGUUUCCUUUGAGCCCACUUCAUUCUUGGUCAUAGAAACUCAACUAUUCACUGCUUGAACAUUUCCCAGUUCCCAUUUCUAGUAAAAUCCUCAAACACUUGGCGCGCACACCGUUUUGGGCAAAGAGGGAGACACGAGAAUCAACUUCAUGGAGGCGCAGACCUUGCAGCCCAUGCUGAGUAUGUAUUGUGAGUACCGUGUAGCUUUGAAGAAGUUGAUGGUUGAAUAUCAAGCCAGAAUCCACGCCUUUGGUGAAGAAAUUCGAAAAGUCCAAUUGGAAGUACAGCAAGCCGAAACCGAGUUUACCAUAUUGUUAGAGGAAGAGACACCGAAUUCGCAAUUGGAACUUCUAAGCAAAGAGUUUUGGCUAUUCUCGCAACGAUGUGAACAGAGGAUUUUGAAGCUUGACAUGUUUCUAAAGAAGAUGGAGAGGGAGACAUCAUGGUUAGAAGAGGAGGAAGAGGCUGCACCUGUGUUCCAUGGACCGGAAGAUCAGAUUCAUCAAUGCAAAAGGUACUCGCAGAAUUAUUAUCUCUGUCUGGAGAGAUUAAUAUAUGAUGGUUCACAAAUUCGUUUCGUGAUUUCUGUAGGUUUUUUUUAUUGUUCAAUAAUGAAAUGCAGUGUUUGGUUGCAAUGGAUGUCACAAAAAUAGGAGAGUUAUUUAGUUUUGGUGGAUAAAGUUGCAAUGAAUGUUCAAACUUCAAUUUUUUGCAACUCUACACCUAAGCUUUCUAUUCACUUGUACUCUGACCAGAUUAUACUA